GACCCCCGGGUCCUCUCCUCGCCCCGCCUCCCUACCACCACCGGGUGGUUGGGACAAUGGCUGCCUCCUUGGUGUUGGUGCUGAUUGUGGCCGUGACGGUCAGGGCUGUGCUGUUCCGCUCUUCGCUGGCAGAGUUUAUUUCGGAGCGAGUGGAAGUGGUAUCGCCUCUGAAUUCUUGGAAGCGAGUUGUGGAAGGGCUUUCUUUGCUGGAUCUAGGAGUGUCCCCAUAUUCUGGAAACGUGUUCCAUGAAACACCUCUUAUUUUAUACCUCUUUCAUUUCCUUAUUGAUUAUGCAGAGUUUGUCUUUAUGGCAAUGGAUAUUAUAACUGCUGUUGCACUGUAUAUGGCUGCUGAUGAUUUCAACAAAGUUGUGUUUAGAAAACAGCGGAUUGCUUUUGAAUUCCAGAAGUACGCUCCCGAUGUCAUCACGCUGGUCAGGACUCCUAAAGAAAUGUAUCAUAUCCCUCUUAAGGUAGCACUGUUUUAUCUCCUGAAUCCAUUCACUGUGCUUACCUGCGUGGCAAAAUCUACUUGUGCCAUCAACAAUGCAAUUAUUGCAAUUUUUGUUUUGGCCACUGUGAAAGGAAGUGCCUUUAUUAGUGCAGUGUUUUUGGCUUUGGCUGCAUACCAAUCCUUGUAUCCUGUUGCAUUGUUUGCCCCAGCGUUACUAUACCUUGCACAGAAACACUGUGUAUUGGUGAGCCUACAAAGCACUACUUUCUGGGUACAUUUGCUCAAGUAUACAGUCAUGUGUUUGGGUUGCCUGAUGGUCACUGUAUGCUUGUCGUUUUUCUUGCUGAAUUCAUGGAGUUUUAUUCCCUCUACCUAUGGCUUCAUUCUUUCUGUUCCAGAUCUUACUCCAAACAUCGGUCUUUUCUGGUACUUCUUUGCUGAGAUGUUUGAGCACUUUCGCUUGUUUUUUGUGUGCGUCUUUCAAAUCAACGUGUUCUUCUACACACUUCCAUUGUCAGUGAAAUUAAGAGAUCAUCCCAUGUUUUUCAUGUUCAUUCAGCUUGCAAUCAUUGCAAUUUUUAAGUCUUACCCUACCGUAGGAGAUGUAGCACUAUACAUGGCCUUCCUGCCCAUGUGGAAUCAUCUUUACAGAUUCCUUCGGAACAUCUUUGUGGUGACGUGCAUGCUGAUAUCUUCAUCAGUGCUGUUCCCUGUUCUCUGGCACCUUUGGAUUUAUGCUGGAAGUGCAAAUUCCAACUUCUACUACGCCAUUACCUUAGCUUUCAAUGUGGGACAGAUCCUGUUGGUUUCUGAUUACUUCUAUGCCUACAUUCGGAGAGAGUAUCAUCUCGUCGAGGGACUUAAUUUGAAAUCCUCGGAUGGCAAAGAAGCCCACAUUGUUCUUAAAUAAGGGACCAAUUAAUGCCAUGUAUUAACAUUAAAAUCCCAGCACGCUCCUGUUUUAUUUUGUAGGGAAGGUACUGUUGCUCAGGACAUCAGUGUCCCUUACUGUGGUACAGUUAUGGAUUGCAGGAUUCAAUCACUUAAAUGUAUUUGUUUUUAUGGUGCUUGAAGCACCAGGAGGACAAGAGUUUAAGUUCAAAGUACUGUCAAUUGAAAACAAAGUUUUAGAAAUCUUAAGUUUUUUUUGGAAGUUAAUCCUUAAUUUUUUACUUAUUUCUGGACAGUAAGAGUCAUGAUAUUGCACUGGAGCUGUACUUGCCUGGGAAUUCAGAUGCUCAUGGCUCAUUGUUCAUGUUUAUAUAUGCUCCCGUUUCUCUCUCCCCUCUGCAGCUCUUAGCUGAGUAAUGGGUGACUGAAGACGAGGGUUCCUGUGGAAUGUUGGUUAAGUCCACAUGGGUUUGUCUUUCCAGCUGUAUUCUAAUAUGACGUAUCUUACGGUGGCUCCCAAUGGAGGCUCAGCAGUAACUGGCUUCAGGCUGCAUCACAUAAGUAUUGGCUGUCCUUUCUGAUGGGUUCACAUGGCGUAUGUCUGCUAUUAAUCUGACUCGGGAGACUUGAUCGAACUUCUGAGAAGUGGAGUUAGUCUUGUUGCCAGAAAUCUAAAAAUGGGUGAAAUGUGUAAUAAAUGGGCUAAAAAUAAAAUUGUCAAGUCUAAAUCAUUAACUAAAUGUACAAUAUAUCCUUUUCCAUAUAAACUUAUGUUAUAACACUCUGCUAUACACCUCCAAAUGAUUGUAAGAUUCUGUUGAUAAAGCUAAUCAAAGCCUUUGGAUUCUGAAA